GAUUAAUAAGCACUAAACAUUUUGUUCGAAAAUACUUAAUUAAGUACCAUUCCUCAAUUUUAAAUGUUUUGCUGGUAAUCUUUUAGGUUAUACUCAAUUUAUAAACAACUACGACUUUUCGUAUAAAUUGGAAAUUGAUGCUAAACUAAUUUUUGAAUAUGAUUUUUAAUAGACAUUAUAUGGGUCUAAGACAUUAUGCUGCAUUUGUACGACUGAAUUCCACAGAACAAAUUGAAUACCUAAGAUCUGUUUUGAAUAAUGGUGAAAAAGAUUGGACUAUUAUUAAAGAAAACCUUCUUAAAAAGCGUGGAAAUUACAAUGGAAAAAAUAUAGAUGCCAUGAUGUUGAAGGUAAUGGUUAGGAGUAGUAAAUUUGAUGCUGCCUUCAAAUUUGCAGACUAUUUAAAAGCAAAUAAUACUGAACUAUCUUUAGGUGCCACAAAUGGCCUUCUGAUACUGUACCAUAACUAUGCUAAAGAAAACAGUCUUUCUAAUAAAGAAACAGGAUUUAUAUUAGAUUCAUAUAAACGAUUAUAUGAUAAAUAUAGAAUACUAGAUUCUUCUACUGCAGAGAACUUAUUACAUGCAUUAUGUUCUAUAUGUGAGUGGAAGAAAUGUCUGAGAGUUUUAGGUGAUAUAAAAGAAAGUGGUAAACCCACCCAUUCUGCAUACAGCACAUUAAUUGGUACACUGUUCAAAAUAAAUAAAAAAAUUGAAGCUCUUAAAAUAAUUAAUAUGAGUGUCAUUGAUAGACGUCCCCUUCAAGAUUAUCCUUAUGAGGAAUGGAUUAAAUAUAUUUUUAGGAAAUAUAAAGAUACAAAAACUAUUGUAAAAUAUUUGGAUGAAAUUUGUGCACAUAUUAAACACAGUGGUAUUCCAAUCACCAAGUAUACAGCUGAUAAAAUAAAAGAUGCUUAUUCAGAAUUGAAGUGGGAUGCUAAGUAUACUACAAUAUUAAGAAAAAAUGGUGAAUGUACUACAUGUCGUGAAAGACUGGAAUGUAUGAAAUUAACACCAGAUGAGUUUACAUUACUACAAAACAAUGUAAGGGAAAAACUUAUAGUAGGCUCUGAUUUAUUUUUAAAAUCCUCACCUCAAGAACUAGAACGGUUUCAAAACUUUUUAAACCAAACAGCACCAUAUGACAUUGUUAUAGAUGCUUUAAAUAUAUGCUAUAUAGCAAACCAAAAUAUUAAGGAUCGUCUGCAAGUUUUAAAGUAUGUAGUAAAUCAUUUUUCUAAUGAAAAUAUGAAAAUUUUACUGUUGGGUAGGAAACACAUGAUGAAGUGGAAUAGAGGGGGGUUGGAAUAUCUCAUGAAAAGAUGCUUAACUUUUUUCACGGAUGAUUUAUCACAAGACGAUCCAUAUUUCAUAACCGCAGCGAUAAUGAGCGGAACUCAUACGGAUAUUGUAUCUCGUGAUUUGCUACGAGGACACCGUUUUGUAUUGAAACAAGAUGAUCUUAGAAUGAUCUUCCAACGGUGGCAAUGGGAACAUCAGUGGAAGGUCUUUGGCAACAAGCGAGGCCCGUUUAUUCAGUCCCCAUUACUGUUCACACCGUGUGCCCAAAAGAACUCUGACAUUUGGCACAUCCCAUACGAUGCUGAAUACGCCUCAACCGAAGGAAAAGUUAAUGAUGGAGUCCCUGACUGCUCGACGUGGUUGUGUAUGAAACCAAAUUCUGUUAAAAAAUAAAGAUGUUGAAUGUA